AUGUUAUUGCCAUUCUCAUCAACUAAUGACGACAAUGAUUCAGAUAUCAUUGAUUUAUUGUAUAAUUUGUGUAAAGAAAAUGAAAUAGAAAAAGUUCGAAGUCUUUUACCAUUUAUUGGCAAUAUAAAUAUUAUAAAUAAAAUUCAAAAUUCAAGUGGUUCAACAUGUUUACAUGUAGCAUGCUAUUAUGGACAUCGAGAUAUGGUACAAAUUUUAUUAGAAUAUGGAGCUCUACAUUCUAUAAGAAAUUUACGACACAAUUUAACACCUUAUGAAGAAACUCAAACAGAUGAUAUAAAACAAUUGCUUUUAGAACAACGAAAAUUAUUUUCAAAUAAUGAUUAUGAUUAUAUUGAAUGGUCAAUAGUAGGCGAUGAUCUUCUUGGAAAACGACGUGAAUUUCGUGAAGCUAUUGAUUUAUACAAAACCUAUGAUAAUCAUCAUUUAGUAUCAAAAUUAUUAGCUGAAGUUAUUCAUUAUUAUUUAAAUGAAUAUCUGGUAAAUCAAAGUAAUGAUAUUGAUAAUCCGGAAGAUCAAAUUACUCGUAAACAAAUUGAAACUAUUGAAGCAUACUUUAAAGAAGCUAUAGAAAAACAAGAUUAUUUAACAUAUUUUAUCAAAGCUUAUACAUUAACAGAUUUUUUUUAUAAAGUAUUAAAUAAAAAUUUAGCUCUCUAUAUAUUAGAAUAUUUUGAUACAACAAAAACAUUUUCAUCAAAUUAUCGUCUUGUAAAUUGUCUUGUACAUAUUGUUACACUCUUAAUUUAUCAUCCAAAUUUACCUCAAUAUCAAUAUCAAGGUAUAUGUUAUCGUGGUAUGAAAAUAACACAAAAUGAUUUAGAUCAAUAUCAAUUAAAUCAACAUAUAUUAAAUCGGGCAUUUUUAUCAUCAUCUACUGAUCGUCAAGUAGCUAUGAUGUUUGCUGGUGAAGGUCAACAAUCUCAAAUGAGAUAUACACCUAAAAAUCAUUGUGCAUUACAAUAUUCAUGUUUAUGUCAAUAUUUAAUAAAACAAAGUUCAACAGCUGUGAAUAUACAAAAUUUAUCCAUGAGACCAGAUGAAAAAGAAAUUUUAAUUAUUCCAUUUACAGUUUUUAAGAGAGCGUCCAUGAGAUCACCACCCAAAAUGAUAGGGGUAAGUUGCCGAAAAAAUUUACUUUUUCAAAUUAGAUAGCUAGUUUGAAA